CUCAAUUCUCGAGGUACUUGUCCGCAAUACUACCUAAUUUUAUGCUUGAGUAUAUCAGUGGUGAUUCGCUGCCUCGCCCAUGACAUAGUCGUGACAUCACGUCAAUGACGUCGUUCUACAGCCGGUGUAUAAGACCACGCACCCAAAACAACGUUCACAGCUUAUAGUAUUUCAACAUUCAAUUCUUCUCAAUUAAGUGAGCCAGGAGCCAAAUUGAUACCUUGAAAACAGUAGUUUUAUCUGUUGGAAACAUUCACCUCGUUUGCAACGCACAUAUAUCCAACCCUGAAAAUGUCCCAAGACGCCCACCAAGGUGGUGACCUUAACGACAUGGCCAAGGAUGGCACCAAGAGUGAGCUCUCAUCUUUCUCGUUCUAAUCAUUAGUAUUCAGUGCUCUCGUACUCUGUAUAUUUGUUAUUUGCAAUCGGAUAACGAUCCUAACCGCACGCAGUCCCCGGUGAUGCCGGAAAGAUGAACACCAUCCCGUCGAAGGCCAAUCCUCAAGAUGCAAAGAACGACCUAGGCAACACAUCAUUAGCCACUGCCGCUGACAACCCGAUCGGUACAAGCGGAGACAAUGAGGCUGUUUCUGCGACUGGACACUCCAUACCCGACUCAGUAUUUCAAAAGCCCGGGGGAAGAGGCGGCAAAUAAGGCAAUUGAUAAAAGCGUGAAUGGCGGAGGCUCCUACGAUACCUGUGUAUGAUUUUGAGAAUACGCUGAAGAUGUUUUUAUGGAAGGAAUGAAGUCGAUAUGAUCGUCCAGGGCUUGUUCAGCUUUUAUGACUUGUACUACUUGCUGUAUACCUAGAACGGAAUCCAAUAUCAACGACCACGGCCUAAAGUGAAGUUCUAGAUAUGUGAUAUUUCGAGUUGAUUCCUUUGUC